AUGGCUAGCGUUACGGAAGCAGUGAAGGAACAAUUCUUGGGCAGCUCCGAGCAGCCUCACCUGUCUCAUCAAUCACGCACCAAUUUUCUUCGUCAUGCGCAAAAAGACGAGAAUGGUGAACUGUUCAUGAACGAGGAGCACUUCAUCAACGCCGUGGCACCAAAGCAGGAGGACUACCACAAGAUCAAGCGCGAACAAUACGGUAUCCUCUUCAGUGUGGCGGAUCGACGCAAAACCGGCAAGCUGAACAUCUCCGACUGGGCCUCCUUCGAAAACCUCCUCGCGAAACCCGACGCCGAGUACGAAAUCGCCUUCCGCCUGUUCGACUUCGAUGGGACCGGUACCGUUAAGUUUGACACCGUGCAGGGCCUGUACAACCUGAAUAAGAGUGCCGACAGCAUUCCCUUCGAUUGGAACUCAGAAUGGGCCUCCCUGUACGGUGGUCGCACCAAGACUCGCCAUGACAUGACCUACCCCCAGUUUGCCCAGAUGCUGCGCGGUUUGCAGGGUGAGCGCAUCCGACAAGCCUUCCACAUCUUCGACAAGGACGGUGAUGGCUUCAUUCAGCCAGAGGAUUUCCAGCGCAUUAUUCUCGAGACCUCAAAACAUAAGCUGUCAGACCAUGUCCUGGAGAACCUGCCUACCCUGUGCAAUAUCUCCACCAGCAACCGCAUCUCCUACGCCAAUGUGCGUGCUUUCCAGAACGUCAUGCGCGAGAUGGAUAUCAUCGACCUUGUUGUUCGCGAGGCUACCAAAAAGAGCACCGAUGGCAAGAUCACCCGCUCCGACUUCCUGAACGAGGCCGCUCGUACGACCCGUUUCUCUCUCUUCACCCCUAUGGAAGCUGAUAUUCUCUUCCAUUUCGCUGGUCUGGACGCGCCUUCAGGUCGUCUUUCUCAGAAGGAUUUCGCUAAGGUCAUUGAUGCUUCAUGGCGUAUUCCUGUAAUUGCGGCUGGCCAAGCUGUGGCCGCAGGACAGGAAGUUGCUGAAAAGACCAAGGGCUUGCUGCACAGUGUUUUGGAGUCCGUGCAUCACUUCGCUCUUGGUAGUAUCGCUGGUGCCUUUGGUGCCUUCAUGGUCUACCCCAUUGACUUGGUCAAGACCCGUUUGCAAAACCAGCGCUCCUCGCGCCCCGGUGAGAGGCUGUACAACAACUCCCUCGAUUGCGCUAGAAAGGUGAUCCGCAACGAGGGUUUCACCGGCCUCUACUCCGGUGUUAUUCCCCAGCUGAUUGGUGUUGCACCGGAGAAAGCCAUCAAGCUGACGGUGAACGAUCUCGUCCGUGGCUACUUCACAGACAACGACACCAAGCGUAUCAAGUACGCUCACGAAGUUCUGUCUGGUGGUACUGCCGGAGCCUGCCAAGUCGUCUUCACCAACCCUCUGGAGAUCGUCAAGAUUCGCCUGCAGGUUCAAGGUGAAAUCGCCAAGAACGUGGAAGGUGCUCCCCGCCGCUCCGCUCUCUGGAUCGUCAAGAACUUGGGUCUGGUCGGCCUGUACAAGGGUGCCAGCGCCUGUCUCCUCCGCGACGUCCCCUUCUCCGCCAUUUACUUCCCCACAUAUGCUCACCUGAAGUCCGACUUCUUCGGCGAAACCGCAACCAACAAGCUCGGCGUCGUCCAGCUCCUCACCGCUGGUGCCAUCGCCGGUAUGCCCGCUGCCUACCUGACCACCCCCUGCGACGUCAUCAAAACCCGUCUGCAGGUCGAAGCCCGCAAGGGCGACACCAAGUACAACGGCCUUCGCCACUGCGCCGCCACCGUCUGGAAGGAGGAAGGUCUGGCUGCCUUCUUCAAGGGCGGUCCUGCCCGUAUCAUGCGCUCUUCACCUCAAUUUGGCUUCACUCUUGCCGCAUACGAAGUCCUGCAGAAGGCCCUGCCACUGCCAGGUGACGGCGACGCAAUUACUCCUACCGGGCAUGUCGAGCCCGGUCUCGGUGGCCAAGGUGCCACGGCGCCUCUGCCCUACCUCCGGUCAAGGAAUGCUCUCAAGCUCAUUCUCGACCUCGACCAAAACAUCGGCCGCGUGAAGGUUCCGCAGGCCGAGAACUGGCCCAAGUUCAUGCAGAGCCAGAAGUAA